AUGAUGGAAUCUUCCAGUGCUUCUCCCUUUGAACAAGAACGGGAUCAAAUUGAUGCAACAUUGGGAUCUUUCCGUUCCAAACGUUAUCAUUCUCUUCGGAAGGAAUUACGAGCCGUUAAGAAAUCAAAAGCCUCUACCAAUCAUCAUCAUCAUUCUCACUCCCAUCAUGAGUUUAAAAGACAAUCAACGGCAAAUUCCACCUAUUUAGAAUGGAGAAGGUUUUUAUUGGAACAAAAAGGACAAACCUUUGCAUCGGCAUUGUCCAAUCCUUCCAUGAAACUCACUCCACAAGAUGUAUUAAUGGUAUUUGAUGCCAAGAAACAACAAGACCAAAUGAAGCCUCCUCAAUUCUUGUUUUUAUCGGGAGGUUCUACCAACAUUCCGAAAUCAUCAUCAGCCUCUCAUCGUAGAAGUCAGAGCAAUCGUUUAUCGGAACAUGAUAGUUGUGCCUCAUACCAAUUGGAUUCUCAGUUGGAUUCAAGUCAAAUUAUGAGUGGACAUGAGGAUUCUAUUUCGGAUGAGGUCGUGGAGGAUUCUGAAUCUCAUUCUCCAUCUGUUCCUAGAACUAAAAUGUCUGAAGUUUAUGAAUUUGUUGGCAUGCAUCACAUCUUUGAACUUGGAAAUGGAUAUGAUGGAAUUGAAGUGACUGUCAUCAAGUUUGCCAAUGAUAAUAGAGAUUUAUUGGCUUUUGCAGCCAAUGAUGGCACGUUGGCAAUUGCAAGUGCAUGGAAAACACCAGAAAUUAUACAUCGUCUGAAAGGUCACAAAGAUGCCAUUCUGGAUUUUGAUUGGUCACUGAGUAAUGAAUACAUUUUAACAGUUUCCAAAGAUGCAACCAUUCGUAUUUGGAAUACAUCGAAUGGAAAGUGUAUUAGAAUCAUUGACAAGCAGGGCGCUUGCCGAGCCGUAAAAUUCUUUCCACUCAAUCCAAACUUCUUUUGUGUUGGAUUUGAAGGAGGAAUUGUCGGAUUGUACAAUUUGAGUACAGGAAAACUUGUAGAAAAGUUGAAAAUUAACAAAUUAUCUGUGGGGAUGGGAAGUUUUGUGAAUAUUAACAUGUCACUUGGAUCGAACAAUCAUGUAACAUGUCUCAUGUUCUCCACACUGGGUAACAGAAUUUUCAUUGGAGACGUGAUGGGAUAUUUGUGGAUUUAUGAAUUUGAUGCUUCUAAAAUUGGAUUUGGAAAACUCUUGCAAAAAACUAAGGCGUCCCUCAAUGGAAAGAGUAUCUCAUCCAUUGAUUAUCAAAUGUGGACAGGAAAUUCUUCAAAAGCUAGUCCUAGAAUUUUAGUGAGUGCCAUGGACAGUUAUGUACAUUUGUAUCAGUAUAGCCAGACGGCUGGUCAAUUUAUUGAAUCCAUCCGAUUUCCAGUCUCCCAGAAAAACCACCCUGUUAGGAGUCAUUUCUGUCCACUUGUUCCCUAUAUGGCCAGCUCGUGCUUUGUUACAGGAAGCGAAUCGACAGAAAUUUUGUUUUACAGUACCAAGUUUGGCUCCUCUCAUGCGAUCAAUCGUUUAAUGGGUCACUCUUCACCAGUGCUGGACGUGUCGUGGUCAUAUGACGAGACGUUAUUGGCAAGCUGUGACAGCUCUGGAGUUGUUAUUUUGUGGAAACGAAGGCCACUCGAAGAUAAGGAUGCUUAG